UUUAUAUGGAAAGGGUUAGCAUGGCGCAGGAAGAAAUACACGUUUCCUAGCGCAGCAACAACUACAAACACCUACAACUGAUUACACUCUCACACGACGAGGAAAACGAGAGAAUGCGAGAGCGCGAGAGAGAAACUGUGUUUAUGCAGAGAAUUUCAUGAUUUCAGAAUUUAUGCCCAAACCCGUUCAUGCUACAUGAAGAAGUUAAUAAAAUGAAAAGAACAAAAAAUAUUUUAAUUUAUGUUGAAAAAUAUCAUUGUUUCGAUUCAUGCACUGGAUCUGCGUUCAUUGGCUGAUACAUAAAUGCAAAACAUUAUUACAUAGAUAAACCGAAAUUGGAUAUGCGUAAUAUAGUUCAAUGAUUUAAAAAUACAUAAACUAGAAAAGGACUUGCCAUAAACACAGUAACAGAGAGAGUGAAAGAGAGCAAAAGCGGCGACGCCGGCAGAGCACAAAUUUCCGUCGCAGCGCUUGCAUGUUUUUCGCUCAUUUUUCGUUCGUGUGCGUUGCGGCGAUGUUGUGUUUUCUCACGGCGGUGAAAACACUCUGCGACGACUGUGACAACAACAGCAACAACGAUAAGAUUUUCCGUUUUUCCGUAUGGAAGCAGAAGCACUAGCGGCAUUUGUUUUGAAAGUAAAGCAAAGGCGAGCGAGAAAAACGAAAAUAUAAAGCAGAGGAAGACGGAAAAAGCAACGCCGCUGCCGACCGCGCCUCGCUGUAUGUGCCUGUGUGGUGUUGUGUGCGUGUGUGUCUGUGAGCCUACCGCCUGUCUGUGUGUAAGUGGGCGCGAACGUACGGUCGAAAAGGAAGUAAAAAUAGUGCAAAAAGGCCAAGUAAUAAUAAUAAUAAUAAAAUAGGCAAAAAGACAGGCCCCAAAAGAGACCGACCAGACCAGUUUCAAAAAGCGCCUAUUUCCAGGCUCUUUGUGUUAUGUGUAGUGGUACGUGUGUGAGCGGCACCAACAACAGCAGCAAAAGCAACAAAAACAACAACUAGAAGCGACCACAUACGGUGGAAAAGGCCUUUUUUCAAGGAGCGAAAGGCAAUGCGCGAACAAGCAAUAAGAAUAAUAAAUUACACUUUGCUAUAAUAAGAAAAAUUUAUACAUAUAUACACACAAGCGGGAGAGGCCCACACACACAUGUGUUUUUCCUCGAUGAGAGUGUGUGGAAAAUUGUAAUAAAAUAUGAACCGCAGAAGCAGCAGCAAAACGAGAAAAACGAGAGAAAAUUUCGAAAUAUCGCAUGUGCCAUUUUAAGCUUUAAAUAAAUUAUAACGUACAGUAUUACACAAAAGGAGAAAAACAAAAAUAUAACAAUUGAACAAAAUGUCCUGCAUAUCGAGCAACUUUAGCUCCUUCUUCCUCAACUCGCUCAACGAUCCUUCAGAGUUUUCCAAGUACUUGAGCAAUGGCGAGCUCAAAUGCACCAAUUUCGAGGAAUUUCAAGUGUUUGGCUGCGGCGCAGGCGCGGCGACGCAACAACAGCAGCAGCAACAACAACAACAUCAGCAGUAUUCCCACACACAUUUACCCAAUGGCAGUUCAGCGACGGCAGCAGCGGAUUUUCCCAAUUACGAGGCAACUACAACGCCGCAGCGGGAAAACUCCUCCUCCAUUAACUCAGGUAGUUCUGUUAAUCCCGCACACUAUGCUUCCGCCGCUGCCUCUGCCUCUGCCAGCGUCGAAGCCAGCGCAUCAGCAGCACCGACGUCCACUCCAGGAAAUGCAGGAGCAGCAGGAUCAUCUCCCCUCACCGCCACCCCCUCGAGCAAUCGCUGGCCAACUGCAGUGGCCACGCCCAAUGGCCAUCAAUCCACCGCCUCGGCAGCGGGCUCAGUGCCCCAGCACUUCGAUGGAUCCUUUGAGUUUAUCAAAUAUCUGCGACACUCCACGGACUUUACGCCCAGCACACCGAGUAGCGCCAGCGAAACUAGCUCGUGUGCGGAAAAGCAGGUCAGUGUUAGUAAAUCGGGCGUCCAAGCAGGCGCCACACCACCACCGCCUGCUCAAUCGCCCGUUGCCGGUGGUCUGAUCGAUUUGGAUACUAGCACCUCGCAGAAAUCACGAUCUGCCUCCCGCAAAGUAGCAGCUUUGUUGUCUUCCGUUUCGCGGGCUUCCAAUAGUCUGGUGGACACCAGCUCCUCCGCACUGGAUGUCUUCGAUCACGAUUCAAAGCAGACGAUCUUUGAUCUACAGCACAUUGCAUCCAACGGAUCGUCCAAUUCGAAUGAAUCUUCGCUGGAAAUGCUAGCAUUUCCCAAUUCGCACCUCAAUGCCUCCAAUUCGAACACCUCAUCCGAAGGAGCGGCCUGUGGAAGUGCGGGAGAAUUCGGGGGAUUGUUAACCGGCGCCAGUUGCUCCUCCUCCACGGCUUCAUCGUCUUCUCAUGCACCGAAACUCCUCGGAAGCUUUGUGAUCAAGGAGAACUUCGAAGUGCAUCCGUCGCACAAAGUGGAAGAGGGCAUCUUCCAGCACAUGAACAAGCUGCCGUCGAAGAAGAAGGAUACGCUGAAGCAGCUGGGAGUUCGGUUCACCGGCCAGAUGACGCUGACGGACAAAUCGAUUGUGGUGGAGAAUUUCAUCAAGUUUUGCGAGGAAUACGACAUCAAGGACCACAGGCCAUGGCUGUCACUGAAUCAGUGCGGUUUGAAUAAGCCGGAGCAGAUCAAAUUCGCUCGAUAUCUGGGCCAGGGACUGCCGACGUUUACGCUCUUCUGCAUUUAUAGCAAUUUUAAGAAUCUGUUCUGCACCAAACGCACGGAAAUCUACACGAAGGAUGGCUACAAUCUGCCUUAUAUACUCGACAAAACCAAGCGCUUCCUGGCCAACACAACAGCUGACCUCAAGAACAUGGCGGCGGCCAACGAUGGCUCCCUGGAGUUCGCCACCGGCAGCGGCGGCGGCAGCAGCAGCAGCAACAACAGCAACACGUGCAACAUGAACAUCGGUAGCAACAGCAACAGCAGUGCCAGCAGUGGCAGCAGCAACCCAGUGCCAGGAUCGGUGAUUAAUCCCAAUGCGGUGACCAUGCCAGCGGGCUAUGUGACAUCAUCGACGGCGCAGCAGCAGCAGCAACAGCAGCAUCAACAUCAACAUCAACACCCGAUGACCAUGGAUCCGCGCUACGGAUGUGGAGCUCCACCGGCCCUAUUGCCUCCACCGCCGCUUCCGGCACUGGGACCACCGCCCAGAUCGCUGGAGCAGCUCAUCAUCUACGAGAACUUCGACGUGCACGAAACGCACCGGAUCGAGGAUGGGGUUUGCACUCACAUUAGCCGCCUGCCGCCCAAGAAGCAGGAGCUAUUGAAACAGUUCGGUAUACAGAGUAGUAGCCAGCAUUGUCUGAGCAAUUAUGAAAAGUACAUACUCAUCGAAAACUUCAUCAAGUUUUGCAAUGAAUAUCAGAUAUCCGAUCAUCGACCCUUUUUGGACUUCCACGAGAGCGCUUUAUCCAAAUGUGAACAACUUAAAUUUGUACGAUAUCUGGGCCAGGGGCUAUCCAAUCUGACGCUAAACAAGAUCUAUGUCGCCUUCAAGGAGCUCCUGGGCAAUGGAAGGCCCGAAAAAGCUGGCAUGGAGAGCUAUAAUUUGGACACGCUGUUGAAGAAGAAACGAAAGAAUCUAUAUAAUCGCAUGCAUGCCGCUGCGCCCAGCAUUGACCUAACUGCCUAUGAAUCGGGACAACAUAAUGCCCAAGCACAUCUGACCACGCCACGCCCCCAUCACGCCUUCGCCGCCCUAAAUGCCGCGACGCAGCGCAGCGAAGUAUGCAACGAAUUGACGCACACGGGCUUGCAGUACAGUUACACGGGACCCCGGUAGAAAUUGGCAAAAUCGUAGGACCCCAUCCGAAAAACAAUGCAAUCCUCAUCGACAGAUGAGUGCCCACACGCACACACCCACACACGCAUAUACAUAUACUUCUUCCUGGAACUGGACCAGUAACUGUUGUGUCUUCGAAACAUAAAAAUGAGAGUAAUUUAAUUUAAUCGCCGCGUGCGAAAUCAUUGAAAACUAAGUGCUAAAUUAAAUGAGCGGGCGACAAACAAAAUGUGGUCUCCCGAUGGAUAACUACCAGACACUAGUAAAAUUAGCCUAAAUGUUAACAAAAUUUAACUUUAAUCGAAUGAAAUUCAAUUAAGCCAACCAGAUAUCAACACGACGCAACAGGCAGGAGAAAGAUUAGUUUAAGCCAAAUACAGAUAUUUAUACGCAAGGUAACCAUAUACAACAAUAUACAUAUUACGAGUAUAUAUACAUACACAUACAUAAAUAUAUUUCUGUAGUUGCCAUAGCGCUUAGAGGGUGCAGCACACUUCCACAUGGCCAAAUCCUGGCCAGAACUAUACAAACAUAUUAGCUUCGGUUUCCUUCCAGCCCAGCCAUAUCCCCCCAACUAAAAAACCGCUCCCAAAUCUUUAGCCCCAAAUGAGCCGCAUUAGUAGUAGCGAUUAGCUGAUAAGUGAAAACACCAAAAUUGAGAAUACUAAAUCAAAGACCUCCCAAUGAAAGUUCCCGAAAUACGCAUACUAAGUAACAUGUAGAGCCUAGUUUUUAAGACGAGAGACAAAUUUUUAGCAUAGAACUGGCGAGCGGCACAGACGAUUAACAAACUAAAUAUUCCUAUAUACAAUAUACAUAUUAUAUACAACAAGCGCAGCAUCAAAUUCAAAGUGAAUAUACGCAAAAAUCAAAUGCAAAGAGGCAGAAAAAUACAACCAAAACAUAGCAAUUGUAAAUUAUAUAUACCAAAUAUAUUCUAUACGAACAAAGGCAAAACCAAGUCCA